GAGCCUCUUUAACGCAUCCAGUGGAUAUGACAAACCAGAGGCGCUCCACGGGCCAGCAUGUCAAAUAAUAACAAUAAUCAUGGGCUUUAGCGACAGCAGCUCGUCCCAACCUCACACCCUCACACACUAACGAGGCACCUCGGGGCCGUUUGCGGGUCUGCGGACGCCUCAAAGUUGGAGCGCGCUCGGCCAAAUGGACGUCGAUGGACUGGAAUGAAAGCUCCACUUCUGUCGGACUGAAGGAAGGAGGGAGAGAAACCUCUGCAUGUUCAAGUUUCCUGCUCCAACCAGAGGGGCAUCGGUGCGUGCGUGUUGGAUGUGUGUGUGGAAGUGUGUGUUGGGUGCGUGUGUGUGUGUGUGCGCGCCUGCAGGACCAGCAGCAGGAGCAGCGGCGGCGGCGGCGGCGGUGGUGGCGGCGGCCGCGGGGAAGGGAAGUUUAGCGCCGUGAUUUGUCUUCUUCUUUGCCUCUGUUCUGUCGUGUUGCUUUUAAUGUCACAGCAGGGGACAGGCGGAUUAUUAACGUUUCCCUGAUGAAAAUUAAUCAUCUGUGGAGAGGCUCUGUGAUCGUGACUAUGAUGAUGAUGUCGAGUAAGAGCGUGGAGUGGCUGCAGGAGGAGCUGGAGUCCGGGGCCAGCUCUCUGCUGCUGCUGGACUGCAGACCCCAUGAGCUGUACGAGUCCUCGCACAUCGAGUCGGCCAUCAACCUGGCCAUCCCGGGCCUCAUGCUCCGGAGGCUGAAGAAGGGCAACCUCCCCAUCCGCUCCAUCAUCCCCAACAACGAGGAUAAGGAGAAAUUUGUCAAGCGCUGCAAGACGGACGUGGUGGUGCUGUACGACGAGGCGACCUCGGAGCGGCAGGAGUCCGGGCUGGGGAGCUCCGUGCUGGGGCUGCUCCUGCAGAAACUGCGGGACGACGGGUGCAAAGCUUUCUACCUGGAGGGGGGCUUCAACAAGUUCCAGUCGGAGUACCCCGAGCACUGCGAGACCAAUCUGGACUGCUCCUGUCCCAGCAGCUCCCCACCAGCCUCUGUCCUCGGCCUUGGAGGACUCCGCAUCAGCUCCGACUGCUCGGACGGGGAAUCUGACCGUGAGCCGGGCAGCGCCACAGAGUCGGAGGGCAGCCCGCUCCCCAACAACCAGCCAGCGUUUCCCGUCCAGAUCCUGCCGUACCUUUACCUGGGCUGUGCCAAAGACUCCACCAACCUGGAUGUGCUCAGCAAGUACAACAUCAAGUACAUCCUCAACGUGACGCCCAACCUGCCCAACAUGUUCGAACACGAAGGCGACUUCAAGUACAAACAGAUCCCCAUCUCUGAUCACUGGAGCCAGAACCUCUCUCAGUUUUUCCCCGAGGCCAUUUCAUUCAUUGACGAGGCACGCUCAAAAAAGUGCGGCAUCCUUGUGCACUGUCUGGCCGGGAUCAGCCGCUCUGUGACCGUCACAGUGGCCUACCUAAUGCAGAAGCUCAACCUGUCGCUGAACGACGCCUACGACUUUGUCAAGCGGAAAAAGUCAAACAUUUCUCCAAACUUCAACUUCAUGGGCCAGCUCCUGGACUUUGAGCGGACGCUGGGCCUCAACAGCCCCUGCGACAACCACUCGACCUCCCCGACGCACGACCAGCUCUUCUUCACCACCCCGACCAAUCACAAUGUGUUUCAACUGGACACACUGGAGUCCACAUGAAAGUCAGACAGGGGACUGUCCCUUUUUUGGGGGGUUAAAGGUGGUGUUGUUACCAUGGUAACAAACGGCUGCAGUGGAGGGAAGCAGCCAGUUUUAAUGAAUGUUUUAGCCUCCUGAGGCUCGUUGUCUGAGAGCCUGGCCACGGAGCAGCGUCUGAGGGGCAGGGGAGGUCACAGAUGCCACGUUAAAAAGGGGACGGGGUGUUUUUUUAACCCAGAGGGGGAACUGACAGAUAAUGUUUACGACCGCGUCCUCCUCGGGAGUUGAUUGAAAUGGAGGGCGGAAGAGCCCCGAUCAACUUGUCUUGUGCAACGAAGAACCGAGGGGACUUAACUGACUGAGAAACUGAGCGAAGGACGCAGCAGGACAGAUAGCUUCAUACAAAGAUAGGAAAAAUCUACAGUGCUCAAUUUAUGAGACAACAACAUCCUCUCUGUCUUUCUGUCUCGGCCCUCGAGCCGAGCUGACUGGUGCCAAGUGGAGAAUCUGGGAUUUACUUGUAGGAAAUCUCGCUCUACUGAAUGUAGAGUUUUACAAACCAAGGAAUUAACACACACAUGCGCACACACAUGAAAACAAAGUAUGUAUGUUUGUACUGUAUGUACUGUAUGUAUGUUAACGUACAUAGCAGAAAAUGUAUGGGCAGUCCUUAACAAAUUCAGUAUGUCUAUAUGCAUUUUUGUAUAUUUUUGUGUACAUUUACGCACAAAUCUAUACCUUAUAUAAAUAUAUACGCAUAGAAAUCUUAUCUAUCCAAUCCAACAAUGGCUUAAGAGAUUGUAAAACUAAAGAAGGGGAAUGGGUGUGGUGACGCCAACAAAGAGGAACGUUGUUGUGAUAGUUGUCUUUUUUUUUAAGUUUCGUUUUCCUUUUAGGUUUGUAAUGACCUAAUGCAGUUUGCACAGUGGUGUAGCCAUUGACUUGUUGGCACUUGGAGCCGGUGCUGGAAGCAGGCAGAUAAAGAGACAUUCAGAGAAGAGGAGCAGAGAGGAGAGGCCAGUCCCAGGCUGCGACGAGUCCCGACAGCUGCACAGUGGAGUGGGGAGGGAGCAGGAACGGCCCCCCGAUCAGAGGACGAGGUUCAGGGGUUAGAGGGUUGGGUUAGGGGUUAAGACGAGCAUCGUGGUAGGACGUGGGCAUGGGGGUUGGGUACGGGUGAAGCCACUACAGUGGAGUUGACAUUUGGCCAACUGUUUUCAAGUUCCCAGUUCCUACUUCCUUCCCCGUAUGACUGUUCAUCCAGUUGCCUUACAAGAAGUACCAGUUGUUUCCACCAGCUGUUUUGAUUAGUUGUUUCAUUUCAGUUAGAAACUAAACUACUGAACUUCCUCCAUUAUUUCAUCACAGCAUAUUGUCUGACCAGUAUGCUGUGCCAAACUGGUUCCUCACAGCUCUGACUUUUGUACUUUGAGGCUUGAAUGAGAGAUUGUUUGAGGAUGCUAAGGCAACAUUUCUGAGCAACUUUUUUGGGCAGCUUAUCUUAGCAACCUUGGGCAAGGAGGUGACUCAACACUCUUGUAUUACCUUACUUCUUUUUGCCUAAGAGGAAGUUGUUCAAUUCGUUGUCCUAUCUUAGGUCCCUUUUAGGAUCCAGGUACAAAUUUGCCAAAAAAUGGACUCUUAGUCAAGGGACUGUGAUUAUAUCCCGGUCUUGGUGUUGGAGUUAUGAAGUGGUGGACUUGGGACUGGCCUCAGCUACAGACUGCACUUAGCUACUUCAAUAGCUUCACGUCCCUUCUGCAUUGGAGAAAACAGGAGGAAGGUCUUUCUGCAGAGGGAUCACCCAUUUCGUCAAAGAAAAGUUUGAGUUGAUUCACCCUUAAGCCUUGGGUCUAUGAAAGAUAUAUUAAACACAAAUUGAUAUAAAUAUAUAUAUUAUAGAGCUAAUAGUAAACAAAUCUAUAUUAUUUUGUAUACCUGAGCAUGCUGUGGUACUGUAUGCUCUCUAACAGUAGACGUAACCACGGGUUGGAUGUUGCUUUACAAGGUGGGAUGACGAACGAUGAGGACCGUUUUUUUAACUGCUGUUGCUGCUGGACACAGCGGUACACAGCGUGUGGUUAAGGAGAUUUCUGAGAUCCUGUCCACAUCAGAAGCACCUUAACAAGAGAGAAUCCAAAAAUGUGUGCAGAUUUUCUGCUGCUGCAGGAGUCGUCCAUUUAAUGUGGGUCUCCUGGUAUGAGCGGAGCAAAGCUGCAGCACUUAGAAUUAUAGUCAUGUCUGUAGGUACACUGGGCGUCAUGCAAGAACAUUUCCGUACCCUUACUCUAGAUCUCUUUUACUAAGUGUUUGUAACUGCACAAACAUGUUGUAAAUAACUCUUUAACCAGAUUACUGCCCCCUCGAUCUUGGAACCCAUCAGCUAUCAGUCUUCUUGGGCGAAUAUUCCAGGGGUUCCAGUGUAGCCAGCAGGUAUCUGGGCCAAGACUCCCUCUUCUUGUUUACAGUCCAAUUAGCAUUCUCAAAACUCAACAGCUAUCGGUCUGAUGACGAUUUAUCAACAAUCAUCAUCAGACCGAAAGCUACUGGGUCUAAAAAAGCGAAUAAAAAGCAAAAUUGUCAUCAGACGAUAGCCGAUGGAUUCCAAAAUUGCAUUUCGGCCAAUGCAUUCCACCUCUUUUGCUCUACACACGGGCUGUUUACCAGCAUGCAACCAAAGCCCUCUCAAACAUGACUUUUCAGUACAACUUAGUCUAUGAACGGAAACCGGAAUGCUUCCAAUACCAAAAUCUUGUCCCUUUGCUAACACAUUCUGCAUUUAGAGGCACACAUGUGCACAUUGAUGAGUUGUGAUUGGUAGCAUAACCAUUGCUAUAUAAGGCUACCUGUUCUGGUCUAUUUGUGGGCAGGUUUCAUUCCUAAAAAUGUAAAAAAGCUGAAGGAAUCAGCAGACAUACCAUUUUACAGUGGCAGAAUAAGAAAAAAAGAAAAGGAAAAUAGGCUAUUACUACAGCAGUGUGCGAUGUCAACACAGAGCUGUACCAUGACCGAAAUAAGCAGGAAUGGUUUGAUAUAAAAUCAGAUGCUUAAAAACAUCUUGACAACAGACUCACACCUACGUUUAGUUUUGAUAGUAAUGUUUUGACCAACUACAUAUCCUUUGGCCUAGUCUGAGGAAAACCUGUACGUGGUUAAAAUGUUGCUAUUAAAACUAAAAAGAGAAAGUGACAAGAUCUCUUAAAUCACUCGCACGGGAACGAUUUUGUUCCUAUGAGUGUUUCUUGCAUGAGGCCCAUUGUUCAUAGCAAACUACAGAGGUUUACUUGCAGAGCGGUGAUGUGGACGGGGUUCAAACAGAAACACAGGACUGGGUUUCAGAGGGGACAGCAGUUGAAUCUGAACAGGGUUGGUUUUAGCUGGCCUUAUAUAAUCUUUCUAACUUGUUUCUAAUGCUGACUGUUCAAUACUUUGUAUCUCACUUUAGAAAAACAUUGUGUAAAAAGGAAAAAAAAUGAACCUUUUGUUUAUCUGUUAUUUGAAUCAGAACAUGGUAAUAAUAGACAGCGAGCUGUCUUUUUACCGUUAACGGGUCACACAAGGUCCUCUUUGUUACUCUGCAAUAUAUCAAAACACCUUUUUUGCAGUAUUUUGUAGAUCCAAGACCUCAAAAAUUUUUAAAAUCUAUCUUCUUUUGUACUCUAUCUAUUCUAUUAUAAUUAUACAAGAUUCAGCUCGAUAUGGCUUGUGGACUGAAGUAACAUUUCACCUGGGGUGUCCAAAAUGUUGGGCCGAAAUGCCCAUUACCAACCUGAAAGAGGCCCUCACAAACACAAAAACACACACACACACACACACACACUGCUUCACACAGCCAGAGCUGCUGUGGUUCAGCAUGCCAGUUAUGUUUCACAAUAGAGGAUUACACCACCCGGCUUAGAUAAUUACAAGGUCUUUUUCCGUCUUGUUUUGAUAUAAUGUGCUCUAUGCUAUUCCUGUGGCCUUUCAAUAUGAAUAUAUAUCUAAGUAUAUAUAUGUUAUGAAUUUAUAUGCAAAAGUUCCUCUCCUAUUAUAGCAUCAGAGAUGAAAAUAAUACUACCAUGCUUGAAUGGCCUUCCCUCGUCUGUAGUCAUAUCCCACUUACAAUAAGAAAAACGACUUGAUCACUUGCACCCUAGGAUUGAAAUAUAUUUCAGUACGGAGCUUUUCUAUUUAAAAAGAAUAUGGUUGAUUUCAAGCUGCUUUCUUGUGUUUUUUUUGUGUCUUUGUAACAAUGAAAGAGAAAUCAAGUCUUUUUCUCUGUUUGUAAAUUUGCCAGAUCACGGGAACGGCUGUUUCUGUGUCCUUAAACUUGUAGCUACAUCUCGGUAAGAAUGUGCUCGGGAGGGAAAGUCGCGAGUGAACGAGGGCAGAGAGGUGGCGGCGCUAAAAUACAAAGUGAAAGAAAAAGUGAAUGAUUUUAAAAAUGUUACCUCAGUGAGGAAUUUUUCAGGGAUUUUUUUGACAAUGCAUCUUGCAUCGUGUUACAGCUUCAAACACACGUUGAAUAGCUGUUUUGUAUUGUGCUGUAAACAGUUUUUAAAAAAAGAUGCAAUCUGUCUGUGUAUAAAAACAAGGGGGCAUGUUAACCGGGGCAGUUUCACCUUUCUGUCUACUGAAGGAAAUACGAUUGACCCUAUGUAUUGUACAGUAUAUGGAAACAACACAAGACAUGUUUAUACCGCAAAUAAAUAUUGAAAUAUUUUUUUCUUUAA